AUGCGACCGCGCGAUAUCCAGCAGUGGCUGCAAGCCGCGGGCGCAGCGGCGCUGGAGUCACCGUACGACUCGGACGACGAGCUCGCGCCUACACAUGCCGAGCGUGCGUCGCCAGCCGAGGACGACGCGCCCGGCGCCGACUGGGGCCGCUUCCUAGCGCACGCCGCACGGCUGCUCCGCAGCCCACGCACCAAGGGGCGGCACGCCUUUCUGCGCGAGUGCGUUCCGAUGGUCGCCCGAGACGAGGAAACCGUGUCUCCCGAGCGCGUAGAGCUGUACCAGCUGCUGCUUCAGACGUCGACGUUCCACACCGACCGCACCUCGCGCUUGCUCCUGCUCCAAGCGUGCGAUACACUCCUCGACGCGGAUGUGGCGUCCACGCGCGGGGAGCCCUUCAAGAGCAUGCUCAUGGUCGAGGCCCACCACGCCCUGCGCGCCGAGACCGAGAACGUGUGUGGCCGCGACGACACGCUCACAGCCACCCGCGGAGGCGCCGCCAACCUGCAUGCCUGGGUGUGCACGCUCCUCGCGCACGCGCUACGGGGCGACGCGGCCUACCUAGCCAGCGAAGCGCACUUUCACGCGCUCCUGCAUACCUUUGCGCGCCUGCACUAUGCCAUCCUCGCCAGCGGCCCCGCGCACCACGACCGCCUGCGCCCGGGCGUGCUGCGUGCGGCGUGGCGCACGUUCCGCCGCGCGAGCGACAAGCUGCCCAUGCUCCUCCAGUGUGCACUCGACGUGCCUGCGAAUGCGGCGUACCCGGCCAUUGUGCUUCAGGGCGUGCUCCUCGACGUGUGCCUGCACCUGAAGCAUGGCGCGCAGGCCGACGGCCUCGCGUGGGCGACGGACGUCAAGGAGCGUGUGCUGCUCUCGUAUACCACGCACGUGGUCAGCGCGAAGGCGCCCGUGCCGCCGCCCGUGCUGCACGCGCUCGACCUGUUCCUGCAGCGCGUCGUGUCGUCGGAAGAUCUGGAGGCGCAUGUAUUCCCGACGCUGCAGAAAAUGCUCCUGCGCUCGCCCGAAGUCGCGUUUGAGGUGGCACAGGCCCUGUGUGGCGCAGCGCGCAUCGACACGACCGCCGUGCUGGGGCGCUUCCAGACCGUGCUGCUCUCUUCGGUGACGUCGUCCAACGCGCAGACGCGCCGCCACGCACUCCAGUUGGCCCGCACGCUCCUGCCCAGCUAUCACGCACCCUUCGUCGAGGCACUCUGCAAGACGCUCAAGCCGGGCGACGGCAAGUCCGAGGACCAGCGCAUGGCCCAGAGCGAGCUGGUCGCGGCGGUGCCUGCGCAUCCCAGCGGCAGCUCGGCGCUGCUCACGGCCAUGGCACCGAUUGUGCAGAAGGAGACGCAGGUGCCGUCGCUGCGCGCCGAGCUGCACGCCGUGUGGCCCCAUGUGCGUGCGUGCUGGGACGCCCAGGUCGAUGUGCCACGUGUGUGGGUCCAAGCGCUGCAGGGCAAGGCGCAGUCGCCCAAGGCGCCACUGCGUGCCGUGACGCUCGUGUCCGUCGCUGACGCGCUGCGUGCGCCGGCGGCGGCAGCGCAGGACGCUCUGCUCGCGGACCUGCUUCCGGCCUUGCGUGCCAGUGUGCAAGCGGCGUCCACGUCCGCGCUCACGUCGCCGGACGCGGCGCUCGAGGGCGCGGCGUCCGUCGUGCUGCUCGCCGGCCCCGUGGCGCACGCCGCUGAUGCGUCUCUUCGCGACAAGGCGGCGCAGCAAGUGCCGCUCGCGCCGCUCCUGGCGACGGGCGCGAAGCCGUCGUUCCUGCUCAGCGACAAGGUGGCGCGGAAACUGCGUGAAGGCCUCCCGCACGCGCUCGUUUGGCACGCCGAAGCCCUGCGCUCCGUGGUGGCGCACCAGGGGUGCGCCACGCUGCACGACGAGGCGCGCCAGUCCGCCGUGCUCGCGCUCCUGGCCGAGUACAUGGAUGGCGCUGCGCCGCCUGCGCACGCCCUCCUUACGGACGUGGGUGCCCACAGCCCCCGUCUAGCCUUGCGCCUCAUCGCGCACCUCCUGCGCCACACGGCGCUCGCGCCGCAUGUGGCGCGGCACCUGUUGACCGGUCUCCUGACGAGCGCCGGGCCGCGUGGCGCCGAGCUGUUGCCCGACCUCGUCGUCCUCGCGCAUGCGCCGCAGCUGCACGACACGGAGCGCGAGAUGUGGGUGCACUUGUGCCGUCUUGCCUCGUGCGACCCCCACGACGUGGUCCAGCGGCACGCGGAUGCGCUGCUGCGCAUCGUAUACGAUGCCCACGCCGACGGGGCGUGGGCGCUCGCCGCCGAGGCUGCGCUGACCACGCUCACCUUUAUUGCGCCGGAUGUGCUGCUAGGCCGGCUGUGUGGCGACCUCGUGCGUGACCUCUCGGUGCAUCCGCUCGAGGCGCUCAGCGAACAGGACCUGGCUAUCUGGCGCGCGCCCGCGGACCGCCCGUACGUGGACGUGCUGGCCAAGACGAAUGCGCCGGCGCUCGACAAGGGCCGCGCGUCGAGCAUGGACAAGUGGGACGCCGAGGUGCGCGCAUCGAUUGCCGCGAAGAAGGCUGCCUCGGGUCCUGCGACGCUGUCGAAGCAGGAGCAGGCGGCCGUCGACGAGCAGCUUGCCAAAGAGCGCGAGAUCCGCGCCCAUGUCCAAGCCGCCGUGGACCGCGCCGGCCGCGCCGCUCGCCGCCUGCUCUGCGUCAUGGACGCGCAUGCGCCCGAGGUCGAUACGCACCUGUGGGCGCUGGUGCGUGCGGUGCAGGCAUGCCUCGGCAGCGCGCGCGCGCGCGCGCUGGGCCUGACCGAGGCGCUCGUCGAUGCCCUUACGCGCCUCUCGCGUGCCGGCGAGCUGCGUGUGCAGCCGACGUGUGCGUGGGUGCUCAGCACGAUCCUCCGGCGCGUCGACGACAGCCUCGUGCCGCUCGACUAUGCGCUCGAGGCGCCGGACGAGGCGGAGCUGCGGGCGCUGUACCAGCUGCGCUUCCUCGUGGACGCAGCGCCGCUGGACCGCGCGGCGUGCGGCUUCCUUGUGCCGUGGCUCGCGGACCUCGUCGCGCGCAGCGAGCUGUGCGGCGACGAGGCGCGCGACGACCGCACCGUCGAGCGCAUGCAGCUCGCGCUCGAUGUGCUCGCCGCGCACGCCGUCUACGGCGCUGACAGCGACUUUCCGCGCGCCGACGUGCUGCAUGCACUGCUCCGCCUCGUGCGCGUGUUCCCGAUGCUCGUGCAUGACGCCGUCUCGGCGCUGCGUGCGUACGGCGAGGCCAUCUCGCACGAGCGGCGCGGCCAGGGCGCGCUCAUCACGCUCCUCCUCGAGGCGGCGCUCUCUGACGAGCCGCGCGAGCGCAGCGGCGCGCUGCAGUGCCUGGUGCCGCUCGACUUGACAGAGCUCGAGUUUCCGCCGGCGCUGUGGCUGGCGCUGCACUCGAGCGAGGCGGCCGUCGCGCAGCAGAUCUGGGACGAGAAUGCCCUCGAUGUGCCGCCCGAGUACGUGUCGGCGCUCGUGCCGCUGCUCUCCCACGCCCAUGCGUACGUGCGCGCCGCUACCGCCCCGGCGAUGGGCGCCGCGUGCGCCGUGCAUCCCGACACGCUGAGCACACUCCUCGACGCACUGUGGCAGCUGUACGCGUCGCAGACCUACUCGCUCGAGCCCGAGUAUGACCAGUACGGCAUGGUGAUCGAGUCGACGCUGCACCGCGAGGACCCGUGGCCCGUGCGCCUCGCCGUCGCCCAUACGCUGCAGGCGCUGGCGCCGCAGUUCCGCGCGCAGGACGUGGUGCCCUUCUUCCAGCUCGCCCUGCAGCGGCACGCGGCGCUGAGCGAUCGCGACGAGCGCGUACGGCACGCCAUGCUGGCUGCCGCCACGGCCGUGGUCGAUGCGCGCGGCGCCGACGUGCGCACCGAGCUGCUGGCGCUCCUCGAGCAGAGCGUCGAAAGUGGCGACGACGCGGUGACCGAGGCCGCGGUCGUCCUCCUCGGUCGCGCGGCGCAGCACCUGGCGCCGAGUGAUCCCCAUGUGCGCCGCGUCGUCGACCGCCUGCUCGACGCUCUGCGCACGCCGAGCGAGAUGGUCCAGGAGGCCGUUGCGUCAUGCCUGCCGCCGCUCGUGCGCACCGAGGUGGUCGCCUGUGACAUCCGUGCGAUCACCGAUGCGCUCUUUGUCGAUUUGCUGCGCGGCGACUCGUACGCGACGCGCCGCGGCGCCGCCUACGGCCUCGCCGGCGUGGUGCAGGGGCGCGGCGUGUGUGCGAUGCGCGACCUGCAGGUGCUGGGGCGCCUCGAGGAGGCGAUGGCCGACACGUCCACGACGCGCCCGCGGCAGGGCGCGCUGUUUGCCCUGGAAAUGCUCGCGUCGCGGCUGCAGGUGCUGCUCGAGCCGUACGUCGGCGGCCUGCUCGAGCACCUGCUCGUGUGCUUUGGCGAUACGCACGCGGAUGUGCGCGAGGCAACGCAGGACGCGGCACGCGUGCUGAUGCGCAGCCUGAGCGGCCAGUGCCUCAAGCUCAUCCUGCCAUCGCUGCUCGCCGGCCUCGACGAGAAGCAGUGGCGCACCAAGAAGGGCGCCGUCGAGCUGCUCGGCGCGAUGGCGUUCUGUGCGCCACGCCAGCUCUCCGCGGCGCUCCCCGCGGUGAUCCCGCGCCUGAGCGAGGUGCUUACCGAUUCGCACCGCCAGGUGAGCGCGGCGGCGAACCAGAGCCUCAAGCAGUUUGGCGAGGUGAUCCAUAACCCCGAGAUCCACAAGCUCGUUCCCACGCUGCUCAAGGCGCUCGUCGACCCGAACGCGAAAACACAGAGCGCCCUCAAGGCGCUCCUGCACACGCAGUUUGUGCACUACAUCGACGGGCCAUCGCUCGCGCUCAUCGCGCCGAUCCUCGAGCGCGGCCUGCGCGAGCGAAACGUCACGAGCCAGAAGCAGGCCGCACAGAUCGUCGGUCACCUCGCGUCGCUGACCGAGGCGCGCGACUACGUGCCGUACCUGGCCAAGUAUACGCCGCUCGUGCGGAACGUGCUCGUGUCGCCGGUGCCGGACGCCCGCAGCGUCGCGGCGCGCGCGCUCGGCACACUGGUCGAGCGCCUCGGCGAGGUGCACUUUAUCGAUCUCGUGCCGUCGCUGCUCCAGGUGCUGCAGACCGAUGCCACCGGCGUCGACCGCCACGGCGCCGCGCAGGGUCUCGCCGAGGUCCUCGCGGGUCUCGGCAUGGAGCGCAUGGAGCGCCUGCUGCCCACCAUCAUCGAAAACACCCAGGCGCCGGCGUCGUACGUGCGCGAGGGCCACCUGGCCCUGCUCAUCUACCUGCCUGCGACGUUUGGCUCGCGCUUCGUGCCGCACCUCGGCAAGAUCGUCGUGCCGAUCGUGUCGAGCAUGGCCGACGAGCACGAGUCCGUGCGCGAGGCGAGUCUGCGCGCCGGCCGCAUGCUCAUCGCCAACUACACGCAGCGCGCCGUCGACCUGCUGCUGCCCCAGCUCGAGCCGCGCCUGUUCGACGAGCGCCACCGCGUGCGUCUCUCGGCGCUGCAGCUUACCGCCGACCUCCUGUUCCGCGUGUGUGGCAUCUCCGGCAAGGCCGAGGUCGAGGAUGAGACGGAGGAGGCCGCGCAGGCCCACUCGUCGGUGCAGCAGGCGCUCGUCGCCGCCGUCGGCGCCGAUCGCCGCGCGCGCCUGCUGGCCGCGAUCUAUGUGCUGCGCCAGGACCCCAGCAUCCCUGUGCGGCAGACCGCCGCGCACACGUGGAAGGCACUCGUGCACAACACGCCGCGCACCGCGCGCGAGGUGCUCCCGGUCAUGCUCGAUAUCCUGCUCGCCGCGCUCGCCGCGGACAGCGACGAGCAACGCGACAUGGCCGGCCGCACACUCGGCGAGCUCGUGCGCAAGCUCGGCGAAAAGAUCCUCGCAGAGACGGUGCCUCUGCUGGCCGAGCGCGCCGCACAGGCGCCCAGUGCGGGCACCCGCGCCGGUGUGUGUCGCGCGGUCAUCGACGUGCUCGCCAACGCCACGAAGACGCAGCUCGAGGACCACGAGAGCGCCCUCAUCGACAUUGUGCGCCGCGCCCUGGGCGACCCAGCCGCCGAGGUCCGCGCCGCCGCUGCCGCCGCGCUCGAUGCGAUGCAGGCACACCUGGGCGAGCGCGCCAUCGAUGCCACGAUCCCGACCCUCCUCGAUGCGCUGCGCGACGAGCGCGCGCCUACGGCCGUCGCCGCGCUGCGCGAGGUCGUCCGCACGCAGCCCGAGGUCGUAUUCCCUGUGGUCGUGCCGGUGCUCACGCACGUCCCGCUCACCGACGCCCACGCCCACGCCCUCACCGAGCUGCUUCCCGUCGCCGGCCCCGCGCUCGGGCCGCAGGUGAGUGCGAUCCUGGGCAGCCUCGCCAGCACACUCGAUGCCGAGCCACGUCCGCUGCUCGAGCUGGCCGAUGCGCUCUUUGCCGCACUGGGCGAUAUCGAGGCGCUGCACCAGGCCAUGGUGCAGCUCCUCGGCUGGCUCAGUGGUCGCCGCGUCGAGCGCCGCGUGCUCGCGUGCGAGCUGUUCGUGCACUUUACGCAGCGCGUGACGAUGCCGUGGAGCGACUACACGGUCGAUGCGCUGCGCAAGCUCGUCGCGCUGUUUGAGGAGCCGAGCGACGAUGUGCGCCGCGCCGCGCUUGCCGCGCUCGAUGCGUGUGUCAAGGCCGUGCCGAAGGACGAAUGGGACACGCUCGUCGUCCCUCUGCGCCGCACGCUCGAGUCGACGGGCGCGCCUGGCGCGCAGCUGCCGGGCCUGUGCCAGUCGCGGGGCGCCGGUCCCUUUGUGCCUGUGUUCCUGCACGGCCUGCUGCAGGGCAGCGCCGAGCAGCGCGAGCAGGGUGCGCUGGGUCUCGCUGACCUGGCCGAGAAGAGCGACGCUGACUCGAUCCGUCCGUUCCUGACGACCAUGGUCGGCCCGCUGAUCCGUCUGUGCGGUGACCGUCAUGCGCCGCCCGUCAAGUCGGCCAUUUUGCAGUCGCUCGACACGAUGGUGCACCGCGUUCCGGCGCUCGUGCGGCCGUUCUACCCCCAGCUGCAGCGCUCGUUCCAGAAGGCGCUCUCGGACCCCGCGAGCGCGACCGUGCGCACGAAGGCAGCUAUGGCACUCGGCUUCCUCAUGGGCCUGCAAACGCGUGUCGAGGGUGUUGUGCAGGAGCUGCUCGGCACGCUCCAGGCUGCGUUUGACCACGGCUCCGACGGCGGCGGCGCCGAGGCGGCUGCGCUCGCGCUUGCCGAGAUCCUGCAGCACGUGCAAGCCGACAAGAUGGGCCCGGCCGUGCGCUCGGCGCUCGCCGAGUGCCUCUCGACCGCGUUCCGCGCGAACGAGGAGCCGCGCGAGGCGCUCAAGGUGGCCGUCGCCGAUCUAUGUGCCGCGUUCCUGCGCUUCGAUGACGAGCGCGGUGCGCAACUGCUGGCCACGCAGGUGCUGCAGCCGGCGCCGGUGGACGUGCAACUGGCUGCGCUGUGUCUGCGGGCGUGCAUGGAGCAUGCGCCCGAGGCGCUGCAUGCCGCGGCGCGGCCGCCUGCGCUGGCGGCGCAGCUCGCUGGCGCGUGGCUCUCGGAGGCGCCCUCGGUCGUGCGGGCGGCACGCGAGGCGCGCGAGCGCAUGCGGCGUACGCCGCCAUGGAGUGCGGAUGAUAGUGUACAGUCCGCUCUGUAG